AUGUCGGAAAAGUUAAAGGAUUAUCAAGUUAUAGACGUUUUCUGUGGCGGUACGUUCUAUAAAGUGAGACACAAGGUCACCAACAACAUAUUUGCGUGGAAGGCGUACGAUUGCUCCGCGUACUCGGACCAACAAAUACAAGACAUCGUUAAAGAAGUUAAAAAAAUAAGUAAAGUGACAACAAAGAGCUUACUGCGUUAUUAUGACACCAUUCUACAUACUCCGUCAAAAACGUUGUAUUUUGUCCUUGAAUACAAUUCAUGGCGCAGCUUGCAGGAACUAAUUAAGGUUUGCAAGGCCACCGACAAAUUCAUCGCUGAGAGCUUCAUUUGGCAUCUGUCGCACGAGCUCGCCCGAGUAUCUAAAGCAGUUGAAGAUCUAAACAUUGUCGUCAUACAAAAAUGUUUAAGUCCCGACUCGAUUUUUGUCGACCAAAGUGGAGAGCUGCGAGUCAAUUGUUUCGAACUAGCCACGGCUGCAGGAUCCGUGGAUGUGAUGAGACAGAUUGGAGAGAUCAUUCACAAACUCUGCUACCGUUCCAGCGUUAGCGACCACAAGAUCAAAGAGUACCCCUACAGUGAUGAUCUCAGAGAUAUAAUAAGCUUUCUGACAGACGAGAGGAACGCGAAUCUGCGUCCUGACGUUGUCCUGUACCAUCCAACAGUACUCAUGAACUUAGAGAGUAAAUGUACCUUUAAUAGCCUCAGCGAGAUACUUGUUUCAGUUCAACAGCUGUACACAACUUCAGAGGUGAAUAAAUGUGACUCUCAGAAAGCUGUGGAGCUGUGUAAAGCAGUUGAACCUCUUCCUAGGACAUUGUUCAACAUUGGAGAGAGCCCUAUAUAUUGCAAUGUCAGUCCAAGACACACUGCAAACAGAGGGCAUGAAGAAACAUAUUCCCCACAAGGUCCACUAUCCCCUACACUGGCUGCACUUGCUCUAGAGCUUCCUGGGUUUGUGCCACGGAGCAGAAGGCCACUUACUGAGUGUCUGGACAAGUAUAAAAACUGUCCUCAGCGAGUUUCAGAAGAAACUCUUAGUCAGCAGUGGAUGUCGCGCAUUGUGGCGCUCCGUGAACGCGAAGAGUCUCUCAACAGGAGGGAAAGGGACCUCAUAGCAAAAGAAAUAUUAAAAAGUCCCUCUACGAAGAUGGUUAAUCUUAACCAAUCCUUGGACUUGUUGGCUUCUGACAAUGAGAGCAAUGGAAUUACUUUACCACCUGUUAUUAUGCAAGCUACAGAAGUUAAAAGGGAAAUCUUGCCGCGUCGUCGGCGCCCUCAUACGAGUUCCGUGCGUUUGCGCAGCCGCAGGAAGAGUUACGGCUAUGAAGACUUAGACAGCUCGUUAUCGGCCGACACUGGAGAUAACAGUAUUGUUAUAACUGCCACCAAGUUCACCAAGGAGAACAUGCCACGCCGCAACAUAUUCCCACAGGUAUCAACCAAAAAAGUACACUUUACAUCAUCAAAUCCAUUUGUAGAAAGCGAUGACAGUGUGACACUGACAUUCUAUGAGUUAGAUAAUGUUGACAAUGAUGGCUACCAAGUCCAGAAGCAGGAGCCCCUCGCAAAAGACAUAACAAAGUUCAAGUACUUGGAUUUGAAAAAGGCACAAUCUGAAAAGAGAUCUUCGAUGCAUUGGAAUCAUUCAUCCCCAUCAAAACAGGCUAAAACAGUCAAGAAUAUAUUGGGUGAUGUUACAAAUACAAAUCAAAGUGGCAUAAGGAAGACACCAUCCAAGGCGAGCCUGGCUUCUACAAGUUCAAACAGUUCAAGACUCUCCAUGUUUUCUACUAAAAGUCAUUGGAGUAUGGAAUCCAGCAGUACUAAGGUUAGUGAGACUAGUGUCUCGGAUAGAACACGCUCAGCUCUGAAGCAGAGUCUGCCACAAACCCCUGUUGCCCCAUGUGAUGUUAGGAAGUCUAAACGUAAAUCUUUACUAAACUUUAAAACGCCAUUUAAGUUCAUGACAGCUACAAAAAUAUAG